AACAGCAACAGCAACAGCAACAGCAACAGCCGAAACAUAAGCCAGACCAGCACAUUCAUUGCAGCCAGUUUGUUUCCCCUGCCGUCCCUGGUGUGCUGUACCUCAUAGGGGCUUAGGAGACGCACUGUCACCUGUCACGUCAUACCGUCUUGACAGCCGCCCAGCAAUGCAGCGUGCUACAUCACCACAACGUGCAGUCGAGGAAGACAAGAACCAGCGUUCCUCUUCCCUCAAUCCAUCAAGCGUCAGAGUCUCAUCGGUGCUGUCUGGCCCGCCCGUGGUCUGUCGCCACGUGCCCAUGCGCGAUGCCCUGGCGCCAGACACCACCCUGCAGCUGAUGGUCGGGCACUGGCCGCAGCACUGGCUCACGAUCCAUCUUGACGACAGCCUCACCUUCCAGAGCACGCACCGCGCCACCCGUCCUGCCGCCUACAUGCCCUCCGCGCCCAUGUGGGUCGUUCGCGAUCACGGCUCUGCUGUCAUCUGUCUUGCUGAUGCGCAGGGCCUUGAGCUGUUGAUUGGCGGCCGUACGGGUACGUUUCGCGAGGAGUGCUUGCAGGCUGGGCUUGAGCUCUUGUUCCGGGAGCCGCACCUCGACCUCAUGCACCCUGUCACGCGCGCAUGUUACCAGCGCGCUGCAGGGGACUACCCUGGCCGCUCGCGUCGCAUGUGCUUCUUUGCGGAUACGGGCACGGGCUGCGCCCACCCGCCGCUGUUGCUGCUGGACGAGCUGGCGGUGGCGACGUGGGCCGCCUUUCACCACCAGACACACACCAUGACGCGGGUGCACAUUGCGCCGUUUCAAGGCGCAGAGGGGCAGCGGCUGCUGCACGCGCUCAGGCCUGUUUCGCCAAACGUGUUCACCAUGACGGUGUGCCGGCACCACGUGAUGGUUGAGGAGGCGGUGGAGCAUGACGAGCACACGCGCGUGUGGAAUCUCCCUGAGCGGAGCCGCGGGCCACCAGCGUCGUGAUCGUGGCGGUGGUUGGUGUGUGUGUGUGUGUGUGUGUGCGUGCGUGUG